AUGGAUGUCUCACUCACACAACGAAUGAGAUCUACUCUUGCGGCAGUUUACUUCGGCGAUGGAAAACCGCAUUUGUUUCGAAUCAAUGACGGUGAAACGUUCGAAGGUCUGAAACAGCAGCUGUACCAACUGAAUCGCACCGUCAACAACCCGAACGACAAUAGAACGGUAUCAAAUCUCCUGUAUCGAAAGCCAUCAAUUGGUUCUGACGGACGCGUUGCUUUCACUCGUAUGGCUGUUGAAAACAACGAUGAUGUUGAAACUAUGUUUUCAAUCUUCGAGCAGUACUCCUCCACGGGACCUAUCGAGCUAGAUGCGACACUGACAAGAUCAGUUGAAGCCAUCCUUGCUUGUCUUGUUGGGCCGGAAGACCCAAAUAGGCAAACUAAGUGA